AUGCAUUAUGGAGCUCACUCCCGUCACAACACCAUCCAUUCCUCAGUAUGGGUGCAUCUCGCUCGGAGGUGCGGCGGCCAAGGACUACUGCCACGUAUACGGAGGCUCGAAGCCUACAACCUCAGUCUUUCCGACGUCGGCCCAGUAACCCUGCUACUUUCGUCCAGCAUCCGCAAAUUGAUAGUAAACUUCCUAGGCUUCGCGCCCGAAGACGGUAAAGAUCUUGACCCAGAUCUUCCUCUAAUCGCUGCCGCCUUGUUUCACGACAUCGUGAAGACCACCGCGCCACAUUUGACCGACCUGUCACUAUGGGACAGCUUCCCGCUCUCACCAUCUCACUCCGCUCUCCUCGGCCAAUGUCACAACCUGCGUCAUUUGUCCGUUGAAGGCGAGGCCAUCAAGUUCAAUGCAGAUGCCAUCCGCGCCCUGGAGCGCCUGGAUUCCCUCAAAUUCGCGCAUAUGGUCAUCCGGCUAGAUGACUGCCAGACUGCCGUCGAUCUUCGCCUGCAGACUGGCUUUCCUGCGCUCAAAAGUCUCAUCCUUGAUGGAAGCGCCCCCGAUGUUGCAAACUUCAUUAUCGCCGCUCGUCUAGUCGCGUUGAAGUCGGUCGAUGUCACCCUUGUAGACUCAACGGACAUGUCCGCCGUCAAAGGAUGCUUGACACAAAUCGCCGCCCACCUCCCUCGCCGUCUACGCUCUUUCCGCUUUACGAUUACAUCGAUUUCUCCAGGAUCCCCCGCAGCGACUCUUCGAGAACUGCUCGACCCGCUCUAUUCGCUGAAUGGCAUGAGAUCGGUCUCCCUCGACCUCGGCGAUCAUAACUAUGACAUAUCCGACGACGAUCUCAAGGACCUCGCGUGCGCGUGGCCGGUGCUAGACUGCUUCGGAAUCAGCUCAACAGUGGGGAGCUGUGUACCGCGCCGGAAGCCCCUUCGCUGUCCGACCAUCCGUGGUCUGGUCGAGCUGGCGCAGCACUGCCCGCGCUUGACCGCCAUCUCCCUCCCGGCCCUCGAUACCAAAAUGCUACCGGCACCCGAGUCGGUGCCCGUGCUAGGCCGGUCAAGGAUGGAGCGGCUCACUCUCAGCUAUAUCUCUGCGAGCGGCUCAAACAUGCACUUCAACCUAGCAGUCCUGCUCGAUCGGUUGUUCCCGACACUCGAAAAGCUCGAUAUCGGGACUUCGGGUAGUGAAGGCGUGGCACGCGAAGUGUUUCGGUAUCUGGAGGUGAUGCAGCAGGGGCGCGAGCAUUCUCAGCUGUUCUGGCAGGAUUGCGCGACGGACGACGACUUGGAAGAUGAAGACUUGGAGGACGACUCGGAGGAUGAAGACAGUGAGGAGGACUCGAAGGUGGAGGGAAAUGAUCACUCGGAGGAAGGGGAAGAAGAUUGA